AUGUUUGAAAAUCGCGGGGUCUUCGACUUCAAAGCCGUGCCCAACAUCGAUGAUCAGCCCCAUCUGUCAUUCAUUCUACAGCACGGAUACUCGGGUAGUGGGGAUAAAGGGCAUGGCUACCUGCUCGAUCAACAUUAUGAGCCCGAGAAAGUGGCCCCGGUCACCAACGAUCUCUCCGCGUUCAACAUGCACGAUUACAACAUCCUCGACGGUGGGAAAACAGCGUUGGCCUGUGCGUAUAAAAGUGAAUACAUGAACCUAGGGGAGCUUGGACGACCGGAGGAAUAUGGCUGGGUGAUCGCCGGUGGCUUUGUUGAAAUGGACACCAACACGGGGGAGGUACUUUUUGAAUGGCUUUCGACUGGGCACAUCCCCAUUCAUGAGUCGGUGAAAGUACAUGAAGAUACUCCAGCCUCAGACCGGCCGGGAUGGGACCAUAUUCACGUGAACUCCAUCGACAAAAGCCCUGCCGGGAACUAUCUACUGUCUGCUCGGUUCACCAACACGAUUUACCUGAUCUCCGGAGAAGACGGACACGUUAUGUGGCGACUUGGCGGAAAGUUCUCGGAUUUCGACCAAGACUUCACGUUUUCCAAACAGCACCAUGCGCGCAUCAUCGAAGCCAACGCGACGCACACGACCAUCUCGUUCCUCAACAAUGCCUCGGACGAGCUCGAGCAGGGAGAGGACGUCUCCGCCGCCCUCUUCGUACAACUAGAUACCAGCGCCUCUCCGAUGACGGCGCGGGUGAUUGGAAGAUACAACCGGCCCGAUAACGGACUCACUCGGUUGCGCGGCAGCGUUCAGAAAUUGGACAAUGGCAACGUGUUUGUCGGCUGGAGUGAGCAGGGAUUCCAAAGCGAGCAUUCCCCCGACGGAAAGGUCCUGAUGCAGUCGAUCUUCGCAUCCGGCCGCUUCUCGACCUAUCGAUCCUACAAGUACUCCUUCACUGGCCGCCCGAGCCAACCGCCAGACCUCGUGGCGUCCGUGUACGGGACGGAAGAAGCGGACCUCACGACCAUCAUCCACGUGAGUUGGAACGGUGCCACCGAUGUGGCCUCCUGGAAUUUCUACGCCAGGGCUAGCCAAGACGGUACCCCCGAGCUGGUCGGCAACACCACCAAGUACGAUUUCGAGACGAUGUAUAUAGCGGACGGAUACCUUGACUGGAUUUCCGCCGACGCCCUUGACUCGGACGGCAACGUCCUCGGCACAUCGUUCCUCCACCGCUCUACCACGCCCGGGAAUUGGCAUCUGGCUGGAUUCCAGGGAGACGAGGACCCAACGCCUGCCGAUCCUGCAGCCCUAGCUGAUGCGAAAGAGGAAGUGAUAGAGCAGGCAGAGGCAGAGGCAGAGGCGGAGCAGGAGGAGCAGGAACAGAAGGAAGCGGAGGAAGAAGAGGAGGCAGAGGAAGAAAAAGAAAAAGCAGCAGAAGAGGCCGCCCAGGCGGCCAUGGAUGCCGAAAAAGCCGCCGAGUCAGCCUUCCAAGCGUCCGAAUUUGUUCACGCAGUUGGAGGCUUGCUGAUUCUCAUCCUGGUCGCAUGCUCUGUUGGAGGACUGGUCGCGGCGGUGGUUUGGAGCCUUCGACGACGGCGUAUGCAGGCUGCGUACCUCGAGGUUCCGUCUGAGGAACGGCCCCAGAUGGAGGAGUGA